AUGGCCAUCCAGCAUCUCCUCCUCGUCGUCUUCAUGGCUUCCAUCCUCCAUGCCACCUCCUCCGCAACAACCAACUCGACGCUGGCUGUCGCGACAGCAUACGACGCUCUAGUGCAAAAUAACUUGCCGCGAGGCCUCCUCCCGCAGGGUGUGCUGUCAUAUUCACUCAUCGAGGGGGCACUGGACGUGGCCCUCCCGUACGUGUGUGACGUGUCCAUCUCGGUCGCCGGCACGGAAUACAAGUUUCGUUACAGCAGAUCAGUCGGCGGGGCUAUCCAGUCCGAAUCCAUAACCCAGGUGUACGGCGUGAGGGUGCAAGUGGACCAGGCGUGGGUUGGGUUGAGCCAGGUUCAGCGUGCCGGUAAGCAUGUCGACCUCCAACUCGAGACGGCCAGGGUAUCACUCCCGGUCAGGUCCUUAGCCCGCAGCCCAGAGUGCACUCAAAUCUGA